CGGUGUGCGUCACGCCCAGCUUCGUCCGGGUGUGCUGUCUCACUGGUGAGGCCGUGAACCCGGGAAGUCCUUCUCUCCGUCGACCCUGUUGCCUCACGCUUCCCGCCACCAUGGAGUAUCUCAUCGGCAUCCAGGGCCCCGACUAUGUCCUCGUCGCCUCCGAUCGGGUGGCCGCCAGCAAUAUUGUCCAGAUGAAGGACGAUCAUGACAAGAUGUUUAAGAUGAGUGAAAAAAUCUUACUCCUGUGUGUUGGAGAGGCUGGAGACACUGUACAGUUUGCAGAAUAUAUCCAGAAAAACGUGCAGCUUUAUAAGAUGCGGAAUGGAUAUGAAUUGUCCCCCACAGCAGCAGCUAAUUUCACACGUCGAAACCUGGCUGACUGUCUUCGGAGUCGGACUCCAUAUCAUGUGAACCUCCUCCUGGCUGGCUAUGAUGAGCAUGAAGGGCCAGCCCUUUACUAUAUGGACUACCUGGCAGCUUUGGCCAAGGCUCCUUUUGCAGCUCAUGGCUAUGGUGCCUUCCUGACUCUCAGUAUCCUUGACCGAUAUUACACACCAACUAUCUCACGUGAGAGGGCAGUGGAGCUUCUUAGGAAAUGUCUGGAGGAGCUCCAGAAGCGCUUCAUCUUGAAUCUGCCUACCUUCAGUGUUCGGGUCAUUGACAAAAAUGGCAUCCAUAACCUGGAGAACAUCUCCUUCUCUAAGAGGGUCUCCUAACGUCUCGUCCUUCCUCCCACUUAUCAGGGGACUUUUUUGAUAGGCUCCUUAAUUUUUUUUCUACUCUUUUGGCGUGCACUCUUGAUAGAUGGUUAAUUCAAAAUAAAGCUGACAAUAUUAAAUUGA